AAACUGUAUUAAAGAAAGAUGAUUUCAUAGGAUAGCUCUAUGGCUGACUUCCUAAUAAAUUAUUUUGAACUUGCUGAAGAUGCUCGUGGCAGUGCCUAAUGUGCACUUGCAGAUGUCGCCGUCGUGCUGAGCUGUCCCUUGUCAUUUCUUUGAAUGGAAGAGUGAAUUACACAUGUCCAGAAGCUGGGAUAUUUUCCUACGUGUACAUUGGAUCUCAAAAGAGUCAAGAAGCUGCUUUGAUAGAAAUUUGCUUCGGGGAGAGGAUGGUCAUUGCUCCAUCUCAGCUAAAUGAGUAGAGUUCAGUGCAGUUAGUUAGUAUCCCUUUGCUAUCAAAUCCCGUUAUUGGACGACCUGUCAGAAAGAACAGCAUAGAAAUGGAGGUGCUGAGGAAGGAGAGAUGAGUUAAACAGAUCUCUGUUAUCUUUUAGGCAGAGGUGAGGAGUGCUGCCCAGAGUUGGCCAUUGGAAAGCAAGCUUUGUUUCUCCAUGGUGCACACACUGUACUUCAGACACACUGUUAACUUCAUCAUCUGUCAGAAAAUGCUCCAUGAGAACAGGUUGUGUGCAGCACUCAGAAUCAUCCUCUGGUUCUUUGUCCAUUGUGCUCCUCUGACUCUCGUUAUCUCAUUAUUAGGAAUGUUGACAUUCCCUUCUCCACCUUCUCAAGCUAGCAGGGCUAAUUCUGAAUUUGUUGUGUAAUUCUUUUCUGUAUGCUUCUGAACUUGUGGUAAUUGUGACUUCUCAGCAAUGUAAGAUUUUUACAUAGAACUCUGCGUGGGGCAAGAAAGGAAGGAGGAGGAGCUGUGAUUCUUCAUGUUGGUUUGGCUUUUGAUUGGAUGCGUUUUAGAAAAAUACUUCCAGGUUGACCAAGAUAAUGAUGCAGUGCUUUCCUUUUUACAGUUUGAAGAUAAAUCUGAUGCAGUAUUUGAUAUUACAGAAAAAUGUAGUGAAAUCCUGGAUGCAGAAAUGUCUGAGGAUGCUGUGCACAACUUACCAGCCACCCUCGACAGCGUUUCUUAUGAAAUACAGAAUCGAGCAGGAUCUGAAAACUCCCUGCUGGAUGAUGACGACGACGAUGAUUAUUUUCUGAACUCUGGGGAUUUGGCAAGCAUACCUGUUGUUGGGAGCGACAACGAAGAUGAUCAGAGUUUCACUCCAAAAGACACUCUCCCUGCUGAAGACCAUCUGGAAGAGGGCAAGAGGGUUACAGAACACGAGCUGGACAGUGAAAAAGAUAUUCAGAUCGAAAAUGCAAUCCAGAAGGAUCUCACUUCACCUUUUGAGCAGGGUCCUGUAUUUAAAUCAAUUCAAAAAGAUUUUAGCAUCACAAGAGAUAAUGGCAAAGAGACUUUUUCAACAAAAGACAAGAAUAGAGAAGUAAAUCUUCAAGACCAUGAAAAACGGUUGGAAAAAAUCCCUAAAGAUACGGAUUCUAGAUUGAAAAGCAGUUUUCUUGACAAAGCAGUUCAUAAUCAAGUAGAAGAAACAUUACGGACGCAGUUAGCGCCACAAACUCCAGAAACUAACUUCAGGGAGUCUAGCUACCUAUUUUCUAGUAAGGAAUCUAUUGGACAAGAGCUGGGGAAUUCCUUUGCACCAAAUAUUAGAAUUAAGGAGGAGCCUUUGGAUGACGAAUAUGAUAAAGCUAUGGCCCCACAGCAGGGACUAUUAGACAAAAUUAAAGAUGAACCUGAUAAUUCUGAGGAGUACGGCCAACAGCCAAAAACUCAGGAAGGGGAGCUGAAAAUCAGUGCUGUAUUUUCAGUCAGUGGCAGUCCUCUUGCUCCACAGCUGUCAUCAGGUUUCCAGCCUGCUGUGGCAUCCUCUGGCAUGAGUAAAAUGCUUCCUUCAGUUCCAGGCACAGCUGUUCGGGUUUCCUGUUCUGGCUGUAAAAAAAUCCUCCAGAAGGGGCAGACUGCAUACCAGAGGAAAGGCUCUACCCAGCUCUUCUGCUCCACACUGUGCCUCACUGGAUACACUGUUCCAGCUUGUCGCCCACCAGCUUCUACCAAGAAAACCUGCUCAAGCUGCUCGAAAGAAAUUCUAAAUCCAAAGGAUGUAAUCACUGCCCAGUUUGACAAUACGAAUUCCAGCAAGGAUUUCUGCAGCCAGUCGUGUCUUUCUACGUAUGAAAUGAAAAGGAAACCUAUUAUUACUAUUCACACUAACAGCAUUUCAACCAAGUGCAGCAUGUGCCAGAAGAAUGCAGUGAUCAGACAUGAAGUGAAUUACCAGAACGUCGUACACAAGCUUUGCAGUGAUGCCUGCUUCUCCAAGUUCCGUUCUGCUAAUAACUUGACCAUGAACUGCUGUGAGAACUGUGGAGGUUACUGCUACAGUGGGUCUGGGCAGUGUCGCAUGCUGCUGAUAGAGGGACAGUCAAAAAAGUUCUGCAGUUCAACAUGUGUGACACUAUACAAGCAGUCAGCUAAAAUUACACCCUGUGCACUGUGUAAAUCCUUGAGAUCUUCAGCUGAGAUGAUAGAGAGCACAAAUAACUCGGGAAAAACUGAGCUGUUUUGCUCUGUUAACUGCUUGUCAGCAUACAGAGUAAAAAUGGUUACUUCGUCAGGUGUUCAAGUUCAGUGCAACAGCUGUAAAACUUCAGCCAACCCUCAGUAUCACUUGGCUAUGUCAGAUGGGAGCGUACGCAAUUUCUGCAGCUACAACUGUGUGGUAGCUUUUCAGAAUUUGUUCAACAAACCUGCAGGAGUGAACUCUUCAGUCGUACCCCUGUCUCAAGGUCAAGUCAUCGUAAGCAUUCCCUCGGGGACAACGGUGUCAGCAGGUGGCACCACCUCCACUGCAUCUCCCAGCUCUGGGAGCAGUUCAGCUGCAGCUGGUCUACAGAGGCUGGCUGCCCAGUCCCAGCAAGUCACUUUUGCCCGCAAGGUUGUAAAACUCUGGUGUCAGCACUGUAACAGAUUAUUUGCAACCAAGCCAGAACUGCUUGACUUCAAGGGUAAAAUGUUCCAGUUUUGUGGGAAGACCUGCUGUGAUGAAUAUAAGAAGAGGAGGAGUGUAACAGCCCUGUGUGAAUACUGCAGAACUGAGAAAAUUAUCAAGGAGACAGUGCGAAUCGCGGGCAUAGAUAAGCCAUUCUGCAGUGAAGGUUGCAAACUGCUCUAUAAACAUGACUUGGCUAAGCGCUGGGGAAACCACUGUAAAAUGUGCAGCUACUGUUUGCAGACCUCCCCCAAACUGGUCCAGAAUCUUUUUGGGGGGAGAAUGGAAGAAUUCUGCUCAGAAGAGUGCAUGUCUAAAUUCACAGUUUUGUUUUACCAGAUGGCAAAGUGUGAUGGUUGUAAGAGACAAGGUAAACUCAGCGAGUCUCUGAAAUGGCAAGGAGAUGUGAAACAUUUUUGCAAUCUGCUUUGUAUUCUGAUGUUCUGUAAGCAGCAACGUACUUCUGACCUUCCAGCCUCAAACAACACAGCAAACCCUUCUACAGCACCAGCUUCCUCGUCAGGCCCUCCUUCUUUGAGGAAGGACUCAACCCCAGUCAUAGCAAAUGUGGUGUCCCUUGCGAGCACCCCUGCUGCCCAGCCUACGGUUAACUCCAACAAUGUUUUACAGGGAGCAGUCCCUACAGUGACAGCAAAAAUAAUAGGAGAUGCAAGCACUCAGACAGAUGCCCUGAAACUGCCAUCUUCACAGCCACCUAGGCUUCUGAAAAACAAAGCAUUGUUGUGCAAGCCAAUCACACAGACCAAGGCCACCUCAUGCAAACCUCAUACACAAAAUAAAGAAUGCCAGACAGAGGAAGAAGAAGUUCAACCCAAAAUCAUUGUGGUACCUGUUCCUGUACCAGUGUUUGUGCCAGUACCCCUCCACCUCUACACACAGUACACGCCAGUUCCACUUGGGAUGCCAGUACCUGUACCUGUUCCCAUGCCUUUCCCAACUACUUUGGAUAAUGCUGAUAAGAUCCUUGAAACAAUUCAGGAUAUCAAAGAGAAGAUUCCCAUAAGUCCAUUUGAAGCAGAUCUCCUUCAGAUGGCAGAAAUGAUUGCAGAAGAUGAGGAGAAAGACAAAACACACUCUCAUGGUGGCUCUCAAACGUCUGAGCAUGAGCUCUUCCUGGACCCCAAGAUGUUUGAGAAAGACCAAGGUAGCACUUACAGUGGAGAUCUAGAAUCAGAAGCAGUAUCCACUCCACACAGCUGGGAAGAAGAGUUGAAUCACUAUGCCUUACGAUCAAACGCCCUGCCAGAACCAGAUCCAGAACCCAAGCAGAUCUCCAAAGGUGAAGUGGAGCAGGACCUGGAGGCAGAUUUUCCAUCAGACUCAUUUGACCCUCUCAGUAAGGGACUGGGUUUGCAUUCACGUUCACGAGCAAGACGGAGGCACAGAGAUGGCUUCCCCCAGCCAAAAAGACGGGGACGAAAGAAGUCUGUAGUUGCUGCAGAGCCCCGCAAUCUGAUGCAGGGCUCCUACCCAGGAUGCUCUGUUUCUGGGAUGACCCUGAAGUACAUGUAUGGGGUAAAUGCCUGGAAGAACUGGGUCCAAUGGAAAAAUGCACAGGAGGAACAGGGGGACCUGAAGUUUUCAGUUCGUCCUGUGAAGCUCAAGGAGGACAUUCUCUCGUGCACUUUUGCUGAGCUGAGCUUUGGCCUGUGCCAAUUUAUUCAAGAGGUGCGGAGACCGAACGGAGAAAAAUACGAUCCUGACAGCAUCUUAUACUUGUGCCUUGGAAUUCAGCAGUACCUGUUUGAGAAUGGUAGAAUAGAUAACAUUUUUACCGAGCCCUAUUCCAGGUUUAUGAUUGAACUUACAAAACUUUUGAAAAUCUGGGAACCUACAAUUCUUCCAAAUGGUUAUAUGUUCUCAAGAAUAGAAGAGGAACACUUGUGGGAGUGUAAGCAACUGGGUGCAUAUUCCCCCAUAGUUUUACUGAACACGCUGCUAUUCUUCAACACCAAAUACUUUCAACUAAAGAAUGUCAGUGAGCACCUGAAGCUGUCCUUUGCCCACGUCAUGAGGAGGACCAGGACCCUGAAGUACAAUACUAAGACAACAUAUUUACGUUUUUUCCCACCCUUUCAAAAACAAGAGGUAGAAUCAGAUAAACUGUCUGUAGGCAAAAGGAAACGUGGAGAAGAUGAGGAGAUUUCAACAGCAGUGGAAAUGGCUGAAAAUGCAGAUAACCCCCUGAGGUGUCCGGUGCGACUCUAUGAAUUUUACUUGUCAAAAUGCUCUGAAAGUGUGAAGCAGAGAAGUGAUGUGUUUUACCUUCAGCCCGAGCGCUCCUGUGUACCCAACAGCCCCAUGUGGUAUUCCACAUUGCCCAUAGACCCAGGGACCUUGGACAUCAUGUUAACUCGCAUUCUUAUGGUGAGGGAGGUACAUGAAGAACUUGCCAAAGUCAAAUCAGAAGAUUCUGAUAUUGAGUUAUCAGACUAAGUGAAGUGGGAUGUUUUCCUUUGAAUGCAUCGGAAGCACCAAACUGUGAAUACGUCCAGCUUUUGGAAAAUGUGUAUGAAAUCAGCCAGGAUCGUGUCACCUACAGGCAUAUUUGGAACCACAGCGGAUGUACAAACUGGAACUGGAAGGAGACAAGUUCCAUAAGCUGCAAGAAGCAACGUCCUGUGGCAGGCAGCCACGAAUCCUCUGAACAAAUUCAAGUUGAACUAACCUGUUUGAGUGGUGCAUAAAUCCUUUAUCUGUGUAGGGUUUAAAAAAGAAAAAAAAAAAAACAAAAAAAAAAGAGAUUUUUUUUUAA